CGCCGCGCUCCCUCCUCCAAAAAGGCCCCGCCCCACUCCUCCCUCGGCUUGAUUCACCGCUCCCCCUCCACCUCCACCCGGACCCGCAAGAUCCCGACCCGCCGCGGCCCCCGCUCCUCGAUCGAUUGAUAUCAGACGCGGCCGGGUGGGCGGAAGAAGGCGGCGGCGGCGGCGAUGAGCGCGGUGAACAUCACCAACGUGGCGGUGCUGGACAACCCCACCGCCUUCCUCAACCCCUUCCAGUUCGAGAUCUCCUACGAGUGCCUCGUCCCGCUCGACGACGAUCUGGAAUGGAAGCUCACAUAUGUUGGAUCAGCUGAAGAUGAAACCUAUGAUCAACAACUUGAGAGCGUGCUUGUUGGACCUGUCAAUGUUGGGACCUACCGUUUCGUCUUCCAGGCUGACCCACCGGACCCUUUAAAGAUCCGCGAAGAAGACAUCAUUGGUGUCACUGUGCUGCUGUUGACAUGCUCCUACGUGGGUCAGGAGUUCAUGAGGGUUGGUUAUUAUGUGAACAAUGAUUACGAUGAGGAGCAGCUGAGAGAAGAGCCCCCGGCAAAGCUAUUACUUGACAGGGUGCAGAGAAACAUUCUGGCUGACAAGCCCCGUGUCACCAAGUUCCCAAUCAACUUCCACCCUGAACCUGCCACGAGCUCAGAACAGCCGCAACAGGAUGCAGAACAGCAGCAGCAGCCGACUUCACCGGAACCACAGACGGCUCCAGUAGAGCCACAUAUGGCGCCACUAGAGAAUGUCCCCAUUGCCGCCGACCAAUGAUCAGAGUUGGGGUGCUAACGGUCUGUUCUCCAUGCCUUCUAUGGUGUCUUAAUGUUACGAAUCGAGAGUGGUGGUUCUGCAUUGUACUGGUCUGUUGUUUAGGUUUCACUAUCUGUUCUGUGGCAAAUGUUGGGUGUCUAGCUAUUUCUUGAUAAAGAGUACUUCUGCCUA